AUGACUACAAUUUUUUGUAACAUUGUUGUUGAGGAGAUUGCAGCUGGAAAUAGGCCUCUAGGUACACUGAAUGCAAGAGGCUAUAAGAACUUGCGGGAAAAGUUUUUCACUCAAACAGGAAAAAAUUAUACCCAGAAACAACUGAAAAACCGUUGGGAUAACUUGAAAACCUUGUAUGGUUUUUGGAAAUCGCUUUGGAGCGAUUCUGGCCUUGGAAGGCAUCCUGUUUUGGGGAUACCUACAGCAAGUGAUACAUGGUGGGAGACAAAUACAAAGGGACACCUCAGGAGGGAGAAAAAGGCAUUCCGUUAUGCUCCUCCACCAUGUUUGAAACAAUGGGAAAUUAUGUUUGAGAAGAGUCAUGUCUCAGGCCAAUCUGCAUGCAUUCCUGGUGAAGAAGGUGGUGGUGAUAGCGUUCCCAAUGAAGAAGAGAGGGAUGAUGAUCCAAUUCAAGAAAUAGGGAGUGAGCAAUUUACACCCACAUCAUCUACACGCACUGUACUGAAGAGGAAGGUGACAUGUGAUAGCCCUAGGAAAAUUAGUCCAAGGAAGAAAGGGAAGAAUCCUAUGAUGAGUUCUGCAAGUGAUGAAUCAAGUGAUGAUGAAUAUUCGAAGUUGUUGGAAAUUGCAGUUGGUCAGCAGAAAAAGAUGACUCGGUUGAUCAAUGCUGCAAACAUGUUUGACAUUAUUAAACCAAAAGAUCCAGAGUUUUCUAUUGUUCAUCCUAAACUACAAGAACAUCGGUUUUCACCUCAUUUUCAUGGUGCUAUUGGAGCAAUUGAUGGAACUCAUAUCCCUGUAGUUGUUCCUUCUACUGAACAGAUUACACAUUUUGGUCGGUACCGAUGUACCACUCAGAAUGUAUUGGCUGUAUGUGACUUCGAUAUGAGAUUCACUUUUGUUGUUGCUGGAUGGCCUGGUUCAGUGCAUGACACAAGGGUUUUUAAUGAAGCAUUGCAGAAAUAUGCUGACAAAUUUCCUUUUCCGCCAGAAGGAAAAUACUACCUUGUUGACUCGGGUUAUCCUAAUCGGAAGGGUUUUCUUUCACCAUACAAAGGAGAGAAGUAUCAUUUACCAGAGUUUCGACAAGGUCCAGAGCCAAGAGACUUUGUUCCAAGUGUUGCUCAAGCAACAUCAUCUCAGCCACAAGCACAUGGACAUGAAGAGAGCGACAUGAAUGCUUUCCGUGAUAGUAUUGCUGAUGCUUUGAUGGCCAUGAGAGAGUAG